AGAGGCGGACGACAGAACCGCAGCUCUCCUCCGGCCAUAAUCGGUAGAAACGAUCGAAAGAAGCUGGAAGAUGGGAGAGGAUCAGACGAGCGUUUUGUUGACGCACCGGCUUCGAACAAGCGACAACGACGAUCGGCAAUCUCGUUUUAACGGAACUGCUGUGAUUCUCAUCGUGUUUAUCAUAAUAUCCUGCGCCAUUUGGUUGCCGGCGUGUAUCAGGAAAUGCCGUCGGUCUGCUUUGCACAGAAACCAAUUUCAAGGACAAGGCGCCACCCAGACAACCCGUAACGUCCCAAAUAGUAAUGUACAGCGUAUGGGCGGAGUCAUGGCGGAGCAGAUUAUCGAAUCACUGCGGCGUCUCAUGGAGCAAAGCAGAGAAAAUGAAGGUGUCGAAGGAGCUGCGCUGGCCGAUCGCAAAGAGUACAUCGAGAAUGUCUUAAUGACCAAGAAUGUCGAGCUCGGAACGAAUAUACGAAAGUUAGAAGAGUCCUUUCAUAGGAGCACAAACGACGGAGCUGAACCAUCAUUAAAUGUGGUCGGAUCAGAGGGAAGCGCAGAACUUCAACCAUGGCAGAGCGACAACGAUAACGGACAUGAAUGCUGUGCCAUCUGUUUGAGCGAUUACCAGGAUGGUGAUGUGAUCGGUUGGUCACACAAUAAAAACUGCAAACACAUAUUUCACCGAGAAUGCAUAAGCGAAUGGCUACUGACACAUGAAGAGUGUCCCUGUUGCCGACACUAUUACUUGUUUUUCAUGGAGGAUGGUGACCUGAACGGUCAAUCUCAAUCUCCUUUACCACCACCCCUACCUGCGCCUCUCUCUCGUGAGGAAGAGCAAAGUUGGACGCUGGAAAGAGGCCUACGGAUAUUCUAUAAUUUGACAGGGAGUCCAUCACAAAACUACUCAGACACAGGAAAUACAGAUACACGAGGGAGCGAUGUUGAGCUUGCACGUCCAGCAAUAAGAAAUGCGAAUGAAGACUCUUUUUCAAUCGGACCUGAUGUUUCCUCAACCGACAAUCAAAGUGGUGUGAUCGUUGUCGACCGCCCGAUCCCAGGUAGAAGAUCACCUUAGGCACACCCGGAAAUGUACAGUCAGAGACGCACUGGCAAACGCCGAAGCUGAUGAAGAAGUCAAAUUGGUCGUUGAAAGGUACUACGGGACGUAGUAUUUGCAGCUGAGAGAUGAACCAAGUAGGUAGUCGAAUGCGAAGCUUCUCCAAAACUUUUUUUAUUAUACAACUGCGCAGCUCUCAAGAGCAAUGCGGCAUUUUUGGGAAACAUCUGCAGCUAUCUUACGUUGGGCACUUGUCUGAUCCUGCUUUUAAAUAUCGAGUGACUGUAAUAUAGUGCUAUAGAGCAAUCUUUCUGC